AUGCGCUUUGCACAUCCAGACUCCGAGCUCAGCACAGAUUUUAUUAUCCACGAAGCUUUCGCUGUGGUAGAUGCAAUAAUGGAUUCGCUGAGUUAUGUCGUCGUGGACAAAGUGCCAGCUCCACGGGUGUUUGAGAUGGCAGUGACCUGGAUGAGAUAUAAAGUUCUAGAUCGCAGAGUUACAGUCUCAGAGCCCAUCGAACUGGACGACUCUUCAGGGGAAGAACAGGAGGCGACUUUUGCAAUGGUGUGUGCAGACCGGGCCUUCGUCCACCCAUCUGCAGAGCCUGCAGAGCCUUUUCAGAUUUAUUGCUUGAGUAUAUGUGGUUCCUGCGGUAUUCUGACCUAUGUACUUCGAUCUGAAGCUAAGGCAAAGGAGAAGGCUAAGAAAGUGAUGAAGCCAAGGACGAAGAUGAAACCCCGGGCAAGGGUGAAGCCGACGGCGGCCCCAAAAAAGAUAAAGCCGACGCAGUCGCCAAAAAAGGCAGCGACUCCAGCUGCUGUGGAUCCGACCGAGGUUGAGGCAGCUGCGAAUCCGAGGGAUGCUGGGGAUGAAGCUGCGGUUCCUAUGGCUGGGGAUCGCAAGAGUUUCGCUGGCCGUUAUGUUCCGGGUGGGCCCCCUCACUCCUGGAGAUUUGAAGCUGCCAUCGAAGCCUUUGAUAUGCACCUGCAUGUGGCUGAGGAACUGCGCAACAAGGGCCUUGCUACCGGCAGCAAUGCGCAAAGGGCCUUCAUGUCCUACUUAAGUGCCGAAGGAUUCCUCGAUCUGACAGCAAAAGAUGACAUCGAUAUGGCUGCACACGAGCUGGCAGUUGCAUAUGCCACGCAGAAGGCCUGCUUGAGCCGUGGUUGA